AUGAUCCCGUCCAGAAUCGCCCGUAACACUCCCAUCCAGGAACUUUGGGGCCGUACUAAGCCUAUGCCUGGAUUCAAGCCAAGAUCCGACUCUGCAACUAUGUUUAUGACUUUUGGGGCCUUGACAGUCGCGACUGGCCUCGCUUAUUAUUGGGGAUGGGUCGCAGAGGGGCGUCGUGAAACCAAGAAAGCUCACUUGGAUUUAACGUCGUACGGUCAUACGCUGACCAGUCGCGGUGUACCAGCUGAGAACGACGCUGAAGGUCUCAUGUUGGCCAACUUUACGCCUUAUUGA